AUAAUAUUGUUAUAUACAUCGACACUCGCGGUGUGACAAUGGCUUUUGCUGGCAAAGUAGUAAUUGUAACUGGAGCUAGCUCAGGUAUUGGAGCUAGUACGGGAAUACUGUUUAAUCACAGUGGGGCUCACGUGGUGCUCGUUGGAAGAAAUGAGAAGAAACUGAAGAACGUCGCUGAGAAAUGUGCCCAAAGAGGUGCUUCCCCUCUUGUCGUUAAAGCAGACAUUAGUAAUGACAACGACGCUGAACGAAUCGUCAAUGAAACCAUUAAAAAAUACGGCAAACUGGAUAUCCUUGUCAACAACGCCGGAAUAGUCGUCCAUGCCGGUAUUCUGAGUGAAAACCUUCUCCAAGCCUACGAUGAAACUAUGCAGGUUAAUAUUCGAGCUGUCAUCAAACUCACAUCUCUAGCUGCACCGCAUUUAAUUAAAACCAAAGGCAACAUUGUAAAUGUUUCAAGCAUCGCAGGAAAGAAUACUAUUAUGAAAGAUUCUAUAGCCUAUAUGGUGAGCAAAGCUGCUUUAGACCAUUUCACAAGAGCGGCUGCAGUGGAACUUGCCUCGCAUGGAGUCAGAGUGAAUGCCGUCAGUCCAGGGCCUGUGAGAACGGAUAUUCUUGAAAAUACAAGAAUGUCGGUUACUAAAUCGUGGGAUGAUGUCGCAAAGAUAAUGAUUCUGAACAGAGUAUCGGAGCCUGAAGAGAUAGGGGAAUUGAUCCUGUAUUUAGCCAGUGAUAAGGCCAAGGGAAUUACUGGAUCGGACUUCGUCAGUGACAACGGAGCUCUAUUGGGAAUCAAGGCAUAAGCAAAUAUUAAAGUAUUUCGUUGAUUUUGUUUUAAGUAAGGAUUUUUUUAUAUUAAAGUAUGACAUCUA